ACAAGUUAUUCAGGAGGCACCUAGGUGCCUACUGAGGACACCAGUACCUGAAGAUGUAGAUGGCAGUAAAAAUGGCAGGUGGCUGCAAGUCUAAUGAGCGAUGAGUGAGGCGGACCCUCAAAUAUCCCAGAGGUGAGGUGAAGGAAGCAGAGUGUUCAAGAGCAUCUCUGUUUUCAUCUCUUUUACCUGAGGGGCUUCUGUGACAGUCCCCUUUCAGCAGGAUUUCUACAGCAACAUCAAAUUCAAGACCCAGCCAGCCUCCUUCCGAAGCAAGAGAAUGUUCUCCAGCAGGUUUUCUUGGGGGUCUCCUUCCCCCUGUGCUUCGCUGGCACUCACGUGCUCUCCAUCCUUACAUGCUGAUUGUAUGUCUCCUUAGAAUUGCCACACACUUGUCUUGGGUCUGCUUGCAGUGUGGCAUUCAGAACAGAUUGACUUCCUCUUCUACAGGACUUUCAUCUAAAUAUUCAGAUGGUACUAGCCUGUUUCUUCUGCCCCCAAAGUCCCUUCUAGGUUAUAUAUAGCCAUUCCUGGCGAACAGUCUCUCAUUAUAGGCUGUGUAUGAUUUUUCUGAUCUUGUCCCCAUUCACUUUGCCCCUUCUAGAAACUGUUGCCCAUUUGUCAGUGUCCCCUUCUAGGCUGCAGCACUCAGAAUUCAUCACGGUAAUGCCACAGAUAUGGUUUAACCUACCAAAGUCUAGUGGGAUUAUUAACUAACUCCUUUGUUUGACUACAAAGCACUGAGUCAUUCUGUUUUGAUCACUGUAAUGAGGUAGAUGAGGCACCUCCAUGUCAAAGGAUUCCAAUCCUUGCUUGGCAAGUUGGUUUUCCCUCUUUAUAAAGUAAGGGCGAUGAUAAUUGCAUAAGGUUUUCUAGUUUACAUGCUCCUCUCACACCUGUUUUAUUUAAGUAAUCCUUUCCUUGGCUACCUCAUAGAGCUGUUAUUAUCAAGCAAAUAACACAGGCAAUAGUAUUUUAUAAAGAAUUGUAUACCUGUGCAGACCGAGAGAGUGUUAGCUUUUUUUAGACAGAGUUGUUUAGCUUAUUGAGUAUGCAUGACGAGUUAGUUCUAGAACUUUGGUGCAGGAUUUUACAUAUACCUGGAAUAAUUUAUUAAGCUAGGAUGUUCUGAAUCUGAACUGUGUUUCUUUUGAGCUAUUCCUAAUUUAAUUUUCUAUCCAUUUGAUAAGUAUGUCCAAUACUUUCCAGAUUGCCAAUUGUUAAUUUGUUACCAAGACAGAAGAGAACAGAUCUAAAUCUAAGCCUCAAGGUACAUAUCACUGGAAGCCCCUCCUGCCUUGACGUAGAUCAGCACAGCGGGCAUGGUUGUUGCUUCUGACCAGGCCCUACUUCUAGAGUUACUAAACUGGACCUAAGGAGUACCAUGGACAUAGGGACUUUUAUGAGAAAGUAAAACAAAUAUGUCCCUAGUGGUCCAUCUAAGAUUACUAGAUUGGUAGAUCAAGGAGAUGUGGCGCCUGUAAAAACCAGCAGUAUUCAAAUGCAGAUGUCUUUCCGAAACAAGAUAGAUCUUUAAAUCUGUGGCAUUUCUCUAGUUGGGUACUACUACCAAUGGAUGAAAAAUCAUUUGUUGAAUACCUACUUUGCGCUAGGCAUGGGCUCUAGGGGUACAAGAUGACUAAAGCCUGUCUUGUCCCCAAGGAGAGUACAGGCAUGUUAGAUGUGUCUUGCAUAGGUAUGCUGGCUCCUGGUAAUGGAUGACUUUCUCUACCCACCUCUGCCCAGGUACCUGCACACUCUCUCCAGGAGUCCACUCUAGCAUGACAGCCAGGCUCUUCAGCCUAUAGUAGAGAGGUCCUUGCCUUUUGGGUGGGAGUCAGGAAGCAGCGGGCCCUCAUGCAGGUUCCUGUUCUUUCGUUUGCCAGGGCAUCUCACAUCAGUGAGCUGUUUAAUCCAUGCAUCUUUGUUCAUUGUUCUUUCUGAGUCUGGAUUCUUCUGGGAAUCCAGCCUCUGUGCUCACUCCCACCUUGUUUAGAUUGAAAUUUCAAAGUCCAAUUUUUAACUAUGUAUAUUCUAAAUUGUAUAUUCUAAACUGAAGGUCUUUUUCUAGUUAGAGAAGGCAAAGUUGACAUUCUGUUUUUUCUGCAUUUUCUUAUUUAUUAGUUAUACGGUUUGCUUUAUGCAUUGGACUAACUCCUCUUAGGACAUUUUAAAAACUUUGUCAGUUUCAUAGUAUUGGUACAUUGAGCCAUAAUAUCUUUGCAUUUAUCUGACUAUACGUAUUUGGAGAGAAAAAAUUGUGCUGGUGCCGUAUGCUGACAUGUUGAUCUGAAGGUCCAGCUGUACCUCUGAGAAAAGGGCCCAACUUUACAAUGCAUUUAGGCUCUUCCUGGGCCAGCGCUCUCACCAAGGAGAAGGCCAUGUUCAGUUUGAGCAUGAAGAUCAUGAGGCCCAAUGACAAGAAGCUGGACAACUUCAUGUCCGGCAUAUACCAGGCUCUCCUCAAGCUGGGGAUGAACUCGGACCUCAAAGCCCAGCUAAAGGAGCUGAAUAUAACAGCAGCCAAGGAAAUUGGAGUUGGUGGUGGUCCAAAAGCUAUUAUCAUCUUUAUUCCCGUUCCUCACCUGAAAUCUUUCCAGAAAAUCCAAGUCCGGCUCAUCUGUGAAUUGGAGAAAAAGUUCAGUGGGAAGCAUAUUGUCUUUAUUGCUCAGAGGAGAAUUCUGCCUCGGCCAACUCAAAAAAGCCAUACAGAAAAUAAGCAAAAGUGUCCCAGGAGCUGCACUUUGACAGGCGUGCACAACGCGAUCCUGGAGGACUUGGUUUUCCCAAGCAAAAUUGUGGGCAAGAGAAUCCACGUGAAACUGGAUGGCAGCCAGGUUUUAAAGGUUCAUUUGGCUAAAGCACAGCAGAACAAUGGGGAGCACAGGGUUGAUACUUUCUCUGGCAUCUAUCGGAAGCUCACUGGCAAGGAUGUUCACUUUGAGUUCCCAGAGUUUCUGUCGUAAACAAAUAUGAUUUAAAAAAAAUGCUGUUAGGUGUCCCUCUUGUUUACCUGAGGCAGAUCUGGUUUUCCAUAGCCCUGGAAUGUACUCAUUUGCCAUCAGAUCUUUAGCACAGUUCAGACUGUGGAAGGAGUCUCAGAUUCUAUAGUGACCUUGAGGAAGGCAUGCAGUCUACCUUGACCUUCUUAUCCCAAACGUAAAAGUGAUUUUUUUUCUCUAGAAUUCCCACCUCUAUCACCCUUAAGAUAUAAAUCUGUUUUAGGGCGCCUGGAUGGCUCGGUCAGUUGAGCAGCCAACUUCAGCUCAGGUCAUGGUCUCGCAGUUUGUGAGUUCAAGCCCCGCACCAGGCUCUGUGCAGACAGCUCAGAGCCUGGAGCCAGUUUCGGAUUUUGUGUCUCCCUCUCUCUCUGCCCCUCCCCUACUCAUGCUCUGUCUGUCUCUCUCAAAAAUAAACAUUAAAAAAAUUUUUUUAAAGAUAUAAAUCUGUUUUUCAAAAAGUAGUUACUUUAUCCUUUUCAUCAGCAAUAAUCUGAAAAAGAACGAGAAUUGGGGAUGCAAAGACAUGCAGGAGUGGGCAUGCUGAUGAGUGGCAAAGGGCAGUAUUCCAGAUGAAUCCCAGUGGAACUUUUUGAAUCAUAGACAAUAAAGUGAACAGUUUGUAGUGGGGUUCGGUUAAUAGUUUGUAAUUUCUGUGCUCAAGCCGAUAAAAAGGGAGAGCAUUAACUCUGAUGUGUCAGGCAUUGAGAUGGGCCCUUCUUUACCUGUGGAGCAGGCUUCAUUCUCACAAUGGUCCUGGGAGGAAGAUGACCUCCCUCACCAGGGUUAAGUUAUUUACUUAGGUCGCACUAGAAUUGGGAACACAGUUUUAGGAAGUUUUAAAAGUUUGAUUUCAAGACAUGUGAUCUUUAGCUUGUUGUAUCCACAAUGUGAAUACUUUAAAAAUUUGCCAAGGGUGGGGAAGGUUAAGGUAGGUAAAAAAAAUGUUUAAGCCUCUUCAUUGUCUUCAUGAGGUAUCAAGAAUGGCAGAUGCUAGGGGUGCCUGUGGUUCAUUGGAUUAAGCAUUAGACUGUUAGCUCAGCUCAGGUCUUGAUCUCAGGGUCAUGAGCUCAAGCCCCGUGUUGGGGUCUGCACUGGGCAUGAAGGAUAUCUAGAUAGAUAGAUAGAUAGAUAGAUAGAUAGAUAGAUAGAUAGAUAUAUAAAAAGAAAGAAAUAUAUUUUUAUAUAGCAGGUGAUAAAGAAGGGAAGAGGCAUCAUGGUAUUUCAGGUGGAAAUCUAUUUGGUAGUCCCAGGGGGUUCUGUUCUUUAUUUUAAGGUUUUAUUUUUAAGUAACCUCUACACACGACAUGGAGCUCGAAACCACAACUCCGAGAUUAAGAGUCAUAUGCUUCAGGCAUAUGCCAGCCAGGCAUCUUUUCUUUAUUUUAAAUAUCCCCCUUUCUGAUUACAAUUUUUUUGGAAGGGUGUUAACACUGUAUUUAAUAGGUAUUUGUCUCUUUCCACUAGAAUGUAAGCUUUCCAGGCGGAGACUUUGCCUUUGAACCUAACUGGUAUGUAGUAGCCACUUGAAUAAUGGACGGAAGGAAGGAGUAAUGGAGAAGGACGUUGGAGGAAGAAUCCAUGAGGCACAGGAACUCUUGAAACAGAGGGACGCUGCAUUGAAUAGGAUCGUACUUAGAGGGUUUGGGGUAAUGCUGGGUUACCUUGGUGGUGUGAGACAUGGAGCCUAGUGAUCUGGAAUUGCCCACCUCCAGGUUUUACCAAGCACUGUGAGAAGAAUAUAUUGUGAGGAGUGCAUGGGAAAGACACAUCUUCAUUCUUUCGAAGAUUCUAGAACAUCCCUGCGUGUAAGCGGGGCCAUCUGACAGUUCUUGUUAUAUAUAUAAUCACUGCCCCUCACACGGGUGCACCCCCAGCUUUUUACUAAACUGCACUUUGGCUGAAUGCUCCCUGCUUACACUGAGAAGCACCAUAAAACAGUGCAUAAAACAGUGCACUUUGGGGUCACUUGUUGAGAUGGUUUUGAAGCUCUGUUUCCCUCGUUGCUCCGAAUCCCCUUUUAGGGAUUUUGUCGGGGAACUUCUCAGACCUCCUUGGCUGGGAGGGCUUGGCUAUUGGCAAUGAGCAGGCUUUCGUCUGAUCUAGUGUCUCCCUUUACUGUUGAGGCGUCGGCCCUUGGGGCUUGUGCUUGUGAAGGGAGAUAUACUGUUAUUUUAUACUUGAUUUGCCCGAAUGUAUGUGUGCACGCGGCAGAAGUGGCAGACAGACAGGUGCUCACCUCUGGGAAGGGAGGAGGAUUUGGCAGGGGGAGGGGAGGGAGGUGAAGAGAAACCUGUGCAUUUUUACUGUCUCCAUGCUCCUCAACUUUUUUCCAUCACUGCUUCCCCAAAGAAAGUUUUUAGAUGUUUUUCCUAAUUACCUCUUGACUCCCACCAGAUUUAGUACAAAGGGAUAGAGUUUGUUGGGGAGGGUCACAGAUUACCGUAAGGUCUACGGUUGUUUUCACUCCCACCACAAGAACCCACUGUCGUCCCUUUGCGGGGCCGUGUUACCCCAUUGAAAAUGCACACUCUGCAUGCUUCUGUA